AUGGAAGACCUAGAGGAACGAUGGGAAUACUGGAAGCUUAUAGAGGACGAAAAUGUCAAUAUUGUGAUCGGCACCGAACAGUUCUCCAAGGUCACUGCAAAAGGAGGCAAAUGCCUAGUUGGGAAGAUGCUGUCAAACAGAAAGGUGAGUAAGGAAAUCGUUAGAUCCACGCUUGCAAAGAUUUGGAAGCUUCAGAGGUCUUUUAAUUUCUUUGAAAUCUGCUCUAAUUUGUUUGUCAUUUCUUUUGAAUGUCUUGAUGAUAAGAAGAAAAUUCUCGAUGGGAGACCAUGGUUGUUCGACAACCAUCUCCUAGCAUUGCGGCCUUUUGAUGGCCUAACUCCACCUCAGAAAAUGGAGUUUGAUUUUGAGUUGUUUUGGGUUAGGUUACAUAACCUACCGCUGGCGUGUAUGACUACGGAGAUUGGGAUGAAAAUUGGGGAAUCUUUAGGCACUAUAGUGGAGAUGGAAACAGGAGGGGAUGGGAUUGCAUGGGGAAGUUACCUUAGGAUCCAUGUGAUUAUGGAUCUCAGGAAGGCUAUGGCGAGGGGAAGGACUGCAAAUCUCCUAGGCAGUCGCAUUUGGGUUCCAGUGACCUAUGAGAAAUUACCCAAACUGUGUUUUGAUUGUGGUAGAAUUAAGCAUGAUAUUGGAGGUUGUCAGAGGGUAGAGGUGGAGUGGAAUAAGCUACAAUAUGGGAGUUGGUUAAGGGCUCAGAUUAGUCCUAGGGGAAGAGGGGGAGAGGCGAGGAAGGGCUCAUAUGGUUUUAAUCAUGAGAGAGGUGGUGAUGGAGGGAGUAGCGAGAAGGAUAGUUGGGAUGCUUCCUCAAGGAGUUGCCCGGUAGUGAGGUUGGGGGGAGCUUUGAUAGAGAGAAGAGAAAAUAAAAAGAGAGAGGAAUCAGAGAAGGGGGUUAGUGUGGGGGAGGGUGGAGCAAAAAAUAGUGAGGGAGAUUCGGGGCCUGAAAAUCUAGCUUUAGAGGCCAGUGUGAGAAAAGAAAGUUUAGUUGAGGAGGAACAUUUGGUUGAGGUGGAACAGUUGGUUGAGGUGGUUGUUGCUGAAUCUAUGGAAAGGGGGUAG